AUGGAGGAAAAAGAGGCAGGGACUCCUCCGCUCACCCCAUCCAAGAAGGGGAGCCUCCAACCCACACUGGUGUUGGCCACACUGAGCACAGCCUUUGGCUCGGCCUUCCAGUAUGGCUACAACAUCGCCGUGGUCAACACGCCGCACAAGGUCUUGAAGUCCUUUUAUAACGAAACCUACUUGGAGCGACACGGAACCUCCAUGGACGAGAGGGUCACGCUGUUGCUGUGGUCUUGCACGGUGUCCAUGUUUCCUCUGGGCGGCUUGGUGGGCUCGCUGGUUGUCGGCCUGCUGGUUGACAAAUGUGGCAGAAAGGGCACCCUGCUGAUCAACAACGUCUUUGCCAUCACCCCCGCCAUCCUGAUGGGAGUCAGCAAAGUGGCCAAGGCUUUCGAGCUGAUCAUCUUUUCUCGAGUGCUGCUGGGAGUCUGCGCAGGCAUCUCCUACAGUGCCCUCCCCAUGUACCUGGGAGAAUUAGCUCCCAAGAACCUCAGGGGUGUUCUGGGAACAAUGACUGAGGUUUUCGUCAUCGUGGGAGUCUUCCUGGCACAGAUCUUCAGCCUGCAGGCCAUCCUGGGCAACCCAACAGGCUGGCCUCUGCUUUUGGCACUCACGGGGGUCCCCACACUAUUUCAGCUCCUCUCUCUGCCUUUUUACCCCGAGAGCCCAAGAUACACUCUGAUUCAGAGAAGAGAUGAAGAAACAGCUCGACAAGCUCUGAGGAAACUGAGAGGCUGGAAGGAUGUGGAGGAUGAGAUAGAAGAGAUGCGCGUGGAGGACCAGGCCGAGAGGGCCGAGGGCCGCCUGUCCGUGCUCAACCUCUUCACGUUCCAGCCUCUCCGCUGGCAGCUGGUCUCCAUCAUCGUGCUCAUGGCCGGCCAGCAGCUCUCCGGGGUCAACGCGGUCAACUACUACGCGGACAUGAUCUACUUAUCCGCUGGGGUGGAGGCCGCUCACUCCCAGUAUGUAACUGUGGGCGCUGGCGUGGUCAACAUAGUGAUGACCGUCAUCUCGGCGGGCACCGUGGAGCGGCUGGGACGGCGGCGCCUCCUGCUGGUCGGCUACGGCAUCUGCGGCUCGGCCUGCCUCGUGCUGACACUGGCGCUGCUCUUCCAGGGCACGGUCCCUGAGCUGUCUUACCUUGGCAUCAUCUGUGUCUUCGCCUACAUCGCGGGACAUUCCACCGGGCCCAGUCCCGUCCCCUCCGUGGUGAGGACCGAGAUCUUCCUGCAGUCCUCGCGGCCGGCCGCCUUCAUGGUGGACGGGGCUGUGCACUGGCUCACCAACUUCAUCGUGGGCUUCGUGUUCCCUUCCGUCCAGGAGGUCAUCGGUGCCUACAGUUUCGUCAUCUUUGCUGGAAUCUGCCUCCUCACUGCUGUUUACAUCUAUGUGGUCAUUCCUGAGACCAAGGGCCGAACGUUUGUGGAAAUAAACCGAAUUUUUGCCAAGAGAAACAGAGUGGAGAUUCCCGAGAAGAAAGAAGAAAUCACAGAUGCUGGGCCUUGUGUCUCGUCUCUGACUGCACAGGAGACUUCCUUUUAG